AUGAACGAUACUAAGGAGAAAGCUUCCCACGAGGAAAAUGUUGGCCAGUUGCAAGUCAAGGGAACCCCUAGCAUCCUAGCUAGCAAAAUGGAGAAGACGACCACGGCAGUGUCGCAGAAAGCUGGCGACGUACUCGCUCCGUACGACCAGAUCGAUACCAACAAGCUCCUUCGCAAGAUGGACAUUCGUCUCAUCCCCAUGCUUGCUCUAUUGUACCUUUUGUCAUUUUUGGAUCGAGGCAACAUCGGCAAUGCAAAUGUGGAAGGCUUAUCCACAACUCUUGGUCUCACUUCUACGCAGUACAAUCUCUGUUUAACGGUAUUUUUCUUCGGCUAUUCAGCAUUUGAGGUCCCUAGCAACUUGCUGCUGAAGAAGCUCCGCCCCAGCCGUUGGCUCCCGACAAUUAUGAUAGCAUGGGGAGUUGUCAUGACACUUAUGGGCCUUGUUCGUGACUUUAAGGGGCUCUUAAUCGCACGCGUCUUCCUUGGAAUCGCCGAAGCCGGAUUAUUCCCAGGCAUUGCUUACUACCUUACCUUGUGGUAUUGUCGCGACGAGAUUCAACUACGCCAAGCUCUUUUCUUUUCUGCGGCAUCCAUUGCUGGUGCAUUUAGUGGCCUCCUUGCCUUUGCUAUUGGCAAGAUGGACGGCGUUGGUGGCUUGGAAGGAUGGAGAUGGAUUUUCAUCCUUGAAGGUCUUGCUACAGUGAUUGCAGCUAUUGCAGCGAUCUUUUUGCUGUUCGAUUUACCAGACACAGCGGCGUUUCUUACUGAUGAAGAACGCCAGUUUAUCUUGCUACGCUUGCGUCUCCAAGGGCAAACCAAGCUUGCCUCUGAUGAAGAAGCACGGGAUGGCACACUGGCCGUUGAAGCUGCUGCUUAUGAGGAAAGCUUCUCCUGGGCGUAUGUCAGGCAGGCCCUUGUAGAUUGGCAGAUAUGGGUCAGUAUAAUUUUAUACUGGGGAGUGGUCUGCCCUCUCUACGGAAUCAGCCUUUUCUUGCCAACAAUUAUCAAAGGCCUUGGCUAUACAUCGAGUCAAGCACAGCUUCUCACGGUUCCUAUCUACGUCACAGCAGCCAUCUUGGCUGUCGCUGGUGCAUUCGCGGCUGACAAGUAUCGUAAACGAGCAAUGUUUCUCGUUAUUUGCCUAUGUUUUAUGCUACUUGGCUUCACAAUGUGCAUUUCUUCGGAUGACCCCAAGGUUGUGUAUGCCGGAGUCUUCAUUUCAGUCUGUGCAAUUUACCCGGCCUUUCCGUGUGUUGUUACAUGGCUGUCUAACAAUCUUGCUGGUUCAUGGAAGCGUGGUGCGGGAAUGGCUAUUCAGAUCGGAGUUGGAAACCUUGGCGGAGCUAUGGCGUCCAACUUCUAUCGGCAAGCUGAUAAGCCGCGAUAUUUCCUUGGCCAUGGUCUUAUCCUUGGCUUUGUUGUAGCAGGGCUAAUUGCGACAGUCGUCCUUGUUCUGGGCUAUCGGGCGAGCAAUAAGAAGCGUGCUCAGCAGAUCAGCAACGGUUCGAUAACGUCAAUCACAUCUCGACAGUUGGCUUUGAUGGGCGAUAAGGCACCUACCUUCCAGUAUAUGUAUUAG